GACCCGACGUGGGAGAAGAUCCGCGCGACCGCGAGGCUGGACGCGGAGUCGGAGCCGCUCCUGUCGUCGUACAUGUACAUGACGGUUUUGUCGCACGAGACUUUGGAGCAGGCGCUGUCCUUCGUCCUCGCGAAUCGACUCGCGGACUCGACGUUGCUCACGACGCAGCUGAUGGAAAUCUUCAACAGCGUCCUCUUCGCGGACGACAAGGAGGGCGUCUUCGUGCGCGCCGCGAUCCGGCGCGACAUCGAGGCGGUGAACGAGCGCGACCCCGCGUGCGAGAGCUACGUCCACGCGCUGCUCUACCUCAAGGGGUUCCACGCCCUCGAGGCGCACCGCAUUCAGCACACGCUGUGGAACCGCGGCCAAAAGUUGCUGGCUCUGACGCUGCAGGCGAGGAUAUCCACGGUGUUCGCGCUCGACCUGCACCCCGCGGCGAGGCUGGGGAAGGGCAUCCUGAUCGAUCACGGCACCGGGGUGGUGAUCGGCGAGACCGCGGUCGUGGGCGACAACGUGUCGAUCCUGCAGGGCGUUACGUUGGGAGGCACCGGGAAGGAGGCGGGCGACCGGCAUCCGAAGGCGCGCGAUUCGAUUCGAUUUUUGACACCGCGUGCUUCUCUCCCCAUCGGAAAGGGCGUCCUCAUCGGCGCGCACAGCACGGUCCUCGGUAACAUCGUCGUCGGCAAGGGCGCGAUGAUCGCCGCGGGGAGUCUGGUGCUGAAGCCCGUUGCCGACCACAUCAUGGUCGCGGGGUCGCCCGCGAAGCCGGUCGGGAUGGCGAGGACGCGCGCGCCCGCGCUCGCGAUGGCGCAGGAGCUUCGAGAGACGCCGACGCCGCCGACGUUUUGCGACGACCUGGAGGUGCGUUCUAUACACUGGUCCCCAUACGACCGCGUUGGCGUAGUGAACGCCGAUCCUUAA